AUGGGUGUUGAAAAAACUGCAGCGAAUGUUGAGAAGGACACUGCUGGACAGAAGCGUAAGAACUCAGAUUUGAAUGAAAAUAGUACGAAAGGAAACGCUAAUUCGAAAAGAGAAGACGACAAAGACGGUGAGGACUCCGAAGAUCACGUUGGUGGGACCGAAGACGACGAUGACGAAGGUGACGAUGAUGAGGAUGACAGCGACGAGGAGGACAUGGCCCCAAAGUCAAAAAAACGUCGAGCGAAUGAAAGUGAAAGUGACAACAGUGGAAACGAGUCGGAGUCUGAGCUUAAGAUGACGGAAGACGAUCUUGUUGGUGUCGAUACGUCUAACAUUAUACCGCGCUCGCAACGUCGCGCCGCAAAGGCUGCCAUGGCGCUGUCGUCAGAUGAGAUUGCUACUGAAAUGGGUCAUACACCCGCUCCACUGAACGGUGAGAAUGAGGAUAAUAGUGAUAGCGAAGAAGCCGUGUUUUAA